AUGCCUGACAAACCCGACGUGGCUGAGAUCAAGAAAUUCAGUAAAUUGAAAUUAAAGAAUACAGAAAUGCAAGAGAAAAAUCUGCUGCCUUCCAAAGAAAUGACAGAAUAG